CUGUUUCGCUUCCAUCUCCGAAACGCACGCGCACAAGCUACGAAAAUGGCCGUCUUUCAAAUGGGGUCCCACACGCACGCCAUUCCGAUGACGUUGUACCGAGACAACCGAGCAAAGGUGGUCAAUGAACUGCAGCAUGCCCAUAACUUUGGGACGGAUGCGAAGCCCGUGAUCCUGCUCCAGGGUGGCGAUAACAUUAGUCACUACGACACGGACGUCGAUUAUGUUUUCCGACAGGAAUCGUACUUCUUGUACCUGUUCGGUGUGACGGAACCGGGUUGCUAUGGAACGGUUGAGAUCAAAACCGGACGUUCGGUACUGUACGUGCCACGUCUACCGGAAGAAUAUGCCGUUUGGAUGGGGCCGUUGCUGGGUUUGGAGGAUUUCAAGCAGAAGUACGAAGUGGACGCAGUAUAUUAUGCCGAUGAGAUUGCCAAGUGUCUCGCUGAGGUGGAACCAUCGGUGUUGCUGCUUUUGGCUGGACCGAAUUCUGAUAGUGGAGCAGUGGCAAAACCGGCCUAUUUCAAGGGUAUCGAAAGCUUUGUAUCGGAUACCGAUAUCUUGUUCCCGGUAAUUGCGGAAAGCCGCGUCAUCAAAUCUCCGGCCGAAAUCGAGGUGCUACGCUAUGUGGCCCGCGUUUCUUCGGACGCGCAUAAAGCCGUAAUGAAGGUAAUGAAACCGGGCAUGCACGAGUACCAGGCGGAGGCCGAAUUUUUGCGCCAUUCGUACGCCGUCGGAGGUUGUCGGCAUGUGUCGUACACGUGCAUUUGCGGUGCAGGGACCAACUCCGCCAUCCUGCACUACGGCCAUGCCGGUUCGCCGAACGACUGUGCCGUGCAGGACGGUGACAUGUGCCUGUUUGACAUGGGUGCUAACUAUGGUGGUUACGCAGCGGACAUUACGUGCAGUUUCCCAGCCAAUGGCAAGUUCACCGAGGACCAGAAGCUCGUCUACAAUGCUGUGCUCGCUGCUCGCGAUGCCGUCUGUGGUGCUGCUCGCGAAGGUGUAUCAUGGGUGGACAUGCAUCUGCUCGCUAACCGCGUAAUGCUGGAGGAGCUCCGCAAAGGUCAACUGUUGCAGGGCGAUGUGGACGAGAUGAUGGAGGCCGGUUUGAAUGCUAUCUUCCAACCGCAUGGACUGGGACACUUUUUGGGUCUGGAUGUGCACGAUGUUGGUGGCUAUCUGCCCGGCUGUCCGGAACGAUCCUCCAGAGCUGGGGUUAACCGUCUGCGCACGGCACGCACAUUAAAGGCGGGCAUGUAUUUGACCAUCGAACCCGGAUGCUAUUUUAUUGAACCGCUGCUGAACAAGGCAUACUCGGAUCCCUAUCUGAGCAAGUUUUUGGUGAAGGAAAAUCUGGACCGCUUCCGUAACUUUGGUGGCGUUCGCAUCGAGGAUGAUGUGCUGAUUACAAAGACCGGAAUUGAAAACUUUACCUUCGUUCCGAGAACUGUGGAAGAAAUCGAAGCCUGGAUGGCUAAGUAA